AUGAAUCGACAAUUAUGGACAAAUUCGAGACGAAUGCUGUCGCUGAAUGAGAUCGCUGUCACCCUGCGACCAUUCUUUUUUGAAGUGCACCCAGAUAGGUUUGCUCAACAUCCGGAAAUCCGGAGAAAGAAUGAGAAAUCGCUUCAAACAUUCAACGGCUACCUCAAUGAUUUGUUUCCGGCGACGACGACGAUUCGGCCGAUUCAGGUGCAAUUCUCGAUUGUUGAUAAAACGCAGCCGGAGAAAUUCAAAGAGAUUCGAAUUGAGCUGUCCGGAACGGAUCCCGUCAGAAUUGCGAGAAUGGCGUUGGAAUCGUGCCAAUUGAGCACUUCGGAGUUGCCGGCGACGGAGUCUUUCAAACCGAGCAUCAAGUCUUCAAAUCCGGGAAAUUUCCGAACAUCUAAUAUUGAUGAGGAUUUUAUGAGAUCAUAUUUGAAGAGGAAAAAGCAAAAAAGUGUAAUUCUGAAAAAUUUGCGACAAUUCGCCGAUGAGCGGCGAGAUGAAGCGAUGAGUAAAAUGAGGGAAAACGAGAAAUUGAAGGCAACAAUCAAACAAGAAAUUGAUGAGCUCAAAGUUCGAACAGGAAUAAGAGACGUGGUUUGGCAAAUGGACUGGGCUGAAACGCACAUUCGGCGAUGUUUGAAGAAUGUGCACCGAUUUAUUGAUCAAUCUGGAAGUCGAAGCAAACAAGAAAUCAGUCAAGCGAUGUUUAAAAACGUUUUAAGAUUUGGACGGGGUUCAUUCACAUGCUGCGAUGGUUCGAUUCAGCUCGGCGCGGAUCAUGUACUUGAGCAAUGGGAGCAAGUCUGUGUGGACCAUAUUAAUCGAAAACAGCAAAUUCCGGAGCUACGUCGAACCACUCAACGGUUAUCGGAAACUCUUGGCGGAGCUCAAAUUCGCCUACCAUAUUAUAAGAAUUUGGCGCAAACGCUAACACAAAUUCAACAAUUGAUUUUGAGAAUUUGGAACAAAGAGGCUCUUUUAAUUCGUAUCGAGAACGCGGGAAAAGGGACGAUUGUAGAUGUGGUGACGUCAUAUGAUGAGCUUUCAGUUGGUCUGGAUGGGUGCAUACAUAUUCCAUGCAAUGUCGAUAUUCCAUCAUUGACAGUGUUCUUAGAGCAAAACGGUUCAAUGUCAUCAAUUUUGGGUGAGGAGCAUUCAAAUUUAAUGGAAUCGGUUGAAAGGUCGCGAAGAGAAUGCAUCAAUAGGCUAAAAUUGCGCGAAUUGUCUUGGGACCCGUCGGUGAGCCUCGCCGACGUGAUCAAGUGCCUUGAUCGACUCUCAACAGUCGACGCGCCAAUUUCGGGAUGCGCAAUUUUCAUUUCAACAAACCCGACGAUGUACGUGAGAAAUGACGGCGCUUUUUGUAUACCAAUUGAAUGGGUGUAG